UGGUAGCACUGAUCUGUGUGAAUAUCUUCAGUCUGUCAUUUAAGUUUGUGAAAAACUUCAUAUUUGGGCAAAGGGGUUCUGGAAUUUUUAUCGUUACCCCGCUUAGAUAAUUUAUAUGUUAGAUAUACAAAUUAAUGUGUUCUAAUGAAAAUAAACAUGAAUUUUACUUAUUUGUAAAACUCAUUUAAAUUCAUUGAUAUACAAAAGCAUUUCUUCAGCGUAAAUUUAAAUAUCAUGGCUUUUAGAAAAGGAAAGCGAAACUUAAAAUUGCAAGUUUCUGAUGAAGCUCUUACUCCAGUGACACCUCCAAGAAACUUAGAUAAAAGAACUACGAUAACUAUAGGUGAGAAAACAUUUGUCGUUGAGGCUGAUGAUUUAGAAACAUUGUGUAUACUUGGACGUGGAGCGUAUGGUGUAGUCGAUAAAAUGCGACAUAAACAAAGUGGUACCAUUAUGGCAGUUAAGAGGAUAACUGCCACGGUCAACACUCAAGAACAGAAACGUUUAGUUAUGGAUUUGGAUAUUUCUAUGCGUAGUUCAGCGUGUCCGUAUACUGUACAAUUCUAUGGAGCAUUGUUUAGAGAAGGCGAUGUUUGGAUUUGUAUGGAGGUGAUGGAUAUGAGUCUUGAUAAAUUUUACACUAAAAUCUACAAACAUGGACAUUCAAUUCCAGAAGAUAUCUUAGGAAAAGUGGCAUUCGCUGUAGUAAGCGCAUUACAUUACCUCUAUUCACAAUUAAGAGUUAUACACAGAGAUGUAAAGCCCAGUAAUAUUUUAAUUAAUCGAGAAGGGGAAGUUAAAAUCUGUGAUUUUGGAAUUUCUGGUUACCUUGUCGAUUCCGUUGCUAAAACUAUAGAUGCUGGCUGUAAACCAUACAUGGCUCCAGAAAGGAUAGAUCCGUCAGGAAACCCUUCACAGUACGACAUCAGAUCUGAUGUCUGGUCUCUAGGAAUUUCUCUUGUCGAAUUAGCUACUGGGAAAUUUCCUUACGAGUCCUGGGGAACACCAUUCGAACAAUUGAAACAAGUUGUUAAAGACGAAGCACCAAAAUUACCUUCUGGCAAGUUUUCAUCUAGUUUUGAGGAAUUUAUUAACAAAUGCUUAAUGAAGGAUUACACUGCUCGUCCAAAUUACAGUCAACUUCUGGAGCUUAGCUUUAUUAAAGAACAUGCAAAAAAAAAUACUGACGUUGCUGAGUUUGUCGGACAAAUUUUAGAUAUACCCGAUCUUGAGCAGCUUGCAUAGUAUAAGAAUUACUUAUAUAGAGUUUAUAUUGUAACUCUAAUGUACAUUUGUUCUUCACAAUGAAGUCAUUUAAUUUUAUUUUUUGUUGCGUCCCAUUAUAUGAGUCAAAUUAUUCAAAUUAUCCAAUUUGAUUUUAAAGUAAAAAAGUAGAAAAAUACAAUUUCUAAUUAUUGAAUCAUUCUCUGUAUACUGAUUAUACAUUUAUCGAUCCAUAUUAAAUUAUACAGUAGUGGAUCAAGACAUGUAAAUAUUAACAAAUAUUUUCUACAUAGUCUGAUAAUACAAAUUUACAACCUUAUAUCAACAUUGUUUUCCGCAUAAUUAAUGGUAAAUUAUAUUCAACCGUAAUAUAUUCGUUUUCUAAAGCAAUCUGAAAUUCGUUGUACCUUCGUGACGUACAUUCAACCUCUAAAUAAUUAAUAGUACUUUGACUAUAAUAAAGUCGCUUGAUA